CGCACGCAACGUGUCCCUGUUCUGUUGACUGGGAAGCCCCUAGCGCGGAGCUGCCAACGCCCGGCGUAAAGACACAAAUAGAGGAUACGAUCUUGAAUGAGUAGCGACAACUGUAAAACUCAGCUAUGCAGACCAUCAAGUGUGUUGUAGUUGGGGACGGUGCGGUGGGUAAAACCUGCCUGCUCAUCUCCUACACCACGAACAAGUUUCCUUCUGAAUAUGUACCUACGGUGUUUGAUAAUUAUGCUGUAACGGUAAUGAUUGGAGGCGAGCCCUACACUCUGGGCUUGUUUGAUACAGCAGGUCAGGAAGACUACGACAGGUUACGACCUCUGAGUUAUCCUCAGACAGAUGUUUUCCUCGUCUGUUUCUCCGUUGUGUCCCCCUCCUCCUUUGAAAACGUCAAAGAAAAGUGGGUUCCAGAGAUUACCCACCAUUGUCCAAAGACCCCCUUCCUGCUAGUUGGGACUCAGAUUGACUUGCGGGAUGACCCAUCCACUAUAGAGAAACUGGCCAAGAACAAGCAAAAGCCCAUCACUCCGGAGACAGCUGAGAAGCUGGCAAGAGACCUAAAGGCUGUGAAAUACGUGGAGUGCUCAGCCCUCACGCAGAAAGGCCUAAAGAAUGUGUUUGAUGAGGCGAUAUUGGCUGCACUGGAGCCCCCAGAGCCCAAGAAGAAACGCAAAUGUGUGCUGCUAUGAGAGGCUCCUACACACAAACACACCCACACAAACACAACACAUACAUUUAUCUUAAAUACACACACACACACACACACACACACACACACACACACACACACACACACACACACACACACUCUCCCCUUUGCUCUCGCUCCGCUACGGUUGGUCAUCAGCAUUGCCCUCCACAGAGAAGACUAGAAAGAAAGAAAGAAAAAAAAGUUUCUGAUAGUACUCGGCAAUAAUAGGACGCUUCAACCCUGAGAUCAACCCAACGUGGCCAACAAGGCCGCGGCGGGCUCUUCAGGGCGGCGUAGCCUCGGACGAGGGAUCCAGAUACCAAGCUCACACACAAGUAGAAUUCACUCUGUCGCGCUUUUGAUAGAUUGUUUUUGAUUCCGUCAGUAUUGUGGCCCGAUCAACUUUUUAGAUGCUCAUGGAUAUAAGCCCGGCCCCUCCCAGCUGCCCGAUUGGUGGCUGCUCACACUUGUCGGUCCCGCCCUCCGCCCCCCUCCGUUGACGAGCACACUCGUCGGCCAAUCCCUACGUUUCUUUCUCAGCUCUACCAGAAGAAAUGCUAACAAAAGUAGUAUUUUGUUUCUGUUUUGCCAACCCCCCCCUCCCCUGCCAUUUUCUCCUCAAACACGACACGUCUGAGAUAUUUAUUCCAUGUUCCAGAUAGACGCGCUCCUAACCACUAUGGAAACUGUAUGUCUGACAGGACUCAGCAAUAUUGCUGCAUCCUCCACACAGCUCUCCCAGAGGAAAAUGAAUUAGUAGAUAUUGCCAUCUAGUGUCCAUUCGGAGCGUGGUAAUCACUUGAAGAGCUUAAAAAAGGCGUCCAGUAGUAAUGGGUCGGUUGACUGCAAGGAAUUGGGCCUUUUUUAGAUGCAGGGAACUUAAAACAGUGUUAGCAGAGCAAGCGGUGUGCUCUUGAUGCGUUGCCGGGGGGACCAAGGACAGGUGAAGCAAGAUGCUGUUUUAACAUUGUCGUCACCUCACACUUCGAACGGGUACAGCAGAGACAUCCGUGCAAAAAAAAUGAAAAAAAAGUUCCUUGGCGUGCACUGGCAGCCAAAUCUUCAUCCUUGAACAGCCGAUCGAUGAAUUUCUACCCAAAUUCAGAAUUUGGUGCCUCCGGGCCGUGUGUCUGAGUCUAUGAAGGGCUGUCCGCUCUGCUGUACCGGUUCAAACUGCACACGGUGCUGCACGUAGCCGAGCCUUGGUCUCUGUUCUUAAGGAUAGGUUUGACAGAUGUAAUUAUAAUGUAAGCUGGCACACAAUGUUGAUGUAGGCUCCAGGUGUUUUUACCAAAACAUUUUUUUUUUUCUUCAUUUUUUUGUUUGUGCUGUUUUUUUUAUUUUAUAUAUAUAUAUAUAUAAAUAUAUAAAAAAAAAAGGUUACUUUCACUCCUUUUACAUUUAGGGGUGUGAACUCAUCUGAACUCUUCCCUGCCAGUUUAUACCAAGAAAAGCUCUGAUUGGUUUAGUUAAAUACAAACCCCCAACGGCAGAGACUGUUUAGGUAAAGAUCAUUUGUGAUCGGUUGGUUCUUGUUUUUCUUUACUGGUGGCUUAGAGUUGGGUCGAUUUCCAGCCCAAGUCAGUAUAAUUAUUAUAACCUGUUGUUGUUUUGGUGCAAAACCAAAUGCUCUGUCGAAAGUCUUUGUUCUUUGUAUAUGCAUUCUUUAAAAAAAUAUUAAACUUAUACCUUAAUUGCCUUUA